AUGAUGAAGUCCCAGAGUGUCUCAGUCUUAUUCCUGCUAUCAAGCUUUUUAACAUUUAUCUCUUUGAACUUAGGAUAUGUCAUCAAACCAUCCGGGGAGUGCCCACCAUAUCUCCACAAUGUUCGUUGUUUGCCUAAUCCCAAAGAUUUGUGCAACGAUGUUGACAGCUGCGGUUGGGGCAAAAAGUGCUGUUUUAAUGGCUGCAUAUAUUUAUGUAUGAUCCCAGUAGGAGGCUCUCCAUCAGGCCGUGCAACAAAAUCUCCUUUUUUUCCACCGUUCAUUCCAGAUCCCAUUAUACCUCCUUUCAAACCUUGGCCUCUUCCAAAACCUCGUCCUGAUCUUCCUCCUUACAAACCAGAGCCAUAUAACCCUGACCUUCCUCCAAUUUUUGUUCCACCUCCUGAAUUUCCUGAGGAACCCUUUCCUGACGAACCCUUCCCUGACAACAGAUAUAACAAUUGGAGAUAAAGAUUUUUUAACUGGUUUCUACAUGAUCAAAAAUCAGAAGAUAAGACAAAGUAAAAAGCAAUAUUAUGAAAUAA